AAAAGGUGUACUGCAUAUGUGCAUUAUGUGCAUGCUGAUGCACAAUGGCUAGCCUUUUCUAAAGGUUGCAGAAAAACCUCACUGGCAGUGUCAGGGAGCACUCAGUACAUUUCAGCCGCCCAUAAAACAUCGAACACGUCAAUACCAUAAGUUAAAAAAUGCGCUGCACUUGCGUCUAUUUCAAAUACGUACUAUCAAAAUAUUGCUGGGGCUGCCGGCAGUAUUUAAGACAAAAAAAAGAGAGAAGAAGUUAACUAGGCUGGCGCUAGCCCGAAGAAACAUCACACAUAUCUUAGAAUCCGACGACAGGAAUAUUAUCAUUUGACAUUCUUGCAUUCCUCGUGGCUCCCCUCCCCACCAGUUUUACAGGACAAGGUAUCUGUCUGAUGAUGUCUGUGUACAAGUUGGACUUGUCCAAUGUACGUGUGCAGAAAUGUCACAGUAUACCACAUCAGAUCUGCAUUGCAAGGUUGAGCCGUUACACGAGACACAUGCUUUGAUUCAUUGGUGGUACACAUUGUGGAUGUUUUGAGUUUCUUGCUCGGUUGGGUUGUGUUGUUGGCCCAGCAGACACUGAUAAGCCCCGGAGUAGGGACAAACUUUUUCAAGUCGCAGUGGCAUGCCACAGGAACAUGCCAGGUAUGCGGGUAAACGGCCCCAGUGUGGCUUUCUCGCCGGGCAUUUCUCACGGUCUGUCUGGCUGAUUUGUUGCUGAGGAAAGGACUUGAUAAGAAGUGGAAGUUGGACUACUAGCAGGAAGAGCUUGAAAAAAUGCCGUGUAACAUUCUCAGUUCUCACAGUCUUUGUUUCUACCGUGGCACUAAAUUUGUAAAAUGCUGGAGGAAAAAUCUUCUUUAAGAACGUCUGUCUGUGUGAGAGCCUGACUACAUGUGGCUACACUUUUCCUUGGAAAUGCCUGUAAAAAUGUGAUUUUGAUCAGCACCACCACAUCCGAACAACCACAGAAGCGUGAAGUUUUGACUGGGAUUUUAUAAUUAUUGAGGGCCAGCAGGAGGGAGAGUGUGGAAGGACCGGUUCGGGCAGGAUAUUGCCAACUGCAAUGAUCUUAAUACCGGAUGCCGAGAGCACAUCAGCACCUCUGAGAUACCGAGUGUUAGACUUCGUCCCCAUGGAGGGCCAGUGCAAUCAACCAGGAGGGGAGAGAGAGCUACGGCUGUUGGAUCUCCUGCAGGAUAAGGACAAGCGGGCUUCCUCCGCCCACCGGACUUGGAACAGCGGCAGCGGCGUUGGGGCCUUCGGCCGGCUCUCGCCGCUCAAAUCCAUGAAGGGGGACGAGCAGCUCUUCCUGCGCACCAGCGACGGGCGGCUGCUGCAACACAAGCCCACGAAAAGUGAGGACUUAUUCGGCGACAAGGACUUGAUGUUUCUAACGUCGUCGCGCGGGGCCGCCGCGCAUGAAGCCGGGGACAAAUACGAGUUGCUCCACCUCCCGCAAACGACGGAAAAACUGGGCGCGAUGAGCAUUUCCGGCGGGAGUGCCUCGAAGAGCAUGGACAAUCUCCCCCAGUCCGGGUUCCACGGCAAGCAUGCCGAGACGCGGAACAAAAGUGCCUCGCAGGAGAACGUCCACGGUCCGCGACUAGACACGCGGACGGUUUAUUCCACGUCCCCCAGUGGCCGAUCGGGCGGCAGUAUCAUGGAGAACCUAGUCCGCGAGUUUGGCUUGACUAACACGAACCCAUCAGUAGAGGUUAGCGACAUCAGUGACUCCGAGCUCUCGCCAAACUAUUCCACUGACCGACCCCCACCACCCAGGUACAUGUACCCUGGUAGUGACAGAUCUUCACCGUCAUCAAGGUUCAAGCAUGAAUCCCUGAGUAGUGAUAGUGGGGAGAACUCGACUUUUUUCAGUGAAUCCUAUAACAUGAAAUCGACAGAGUCAACGCACGAAACGGUCACAACAACGAGUACCAGCACAAGCUCUUCCCCCCAGGGGGAUGGCAGUCAACCCACUACCCCCUUUGAGGUGGACCAUGAGGCCAUCGCUACCCGGGCCACUCACAUGGUGGAGAUCCUGUCGGAGGAGAAUACCGCCUUGAGACAGGAACUGGAGAUGUACUCCCAGAGGGUCAGCAAACUCCAAAAGUUUGAGCAAGACAUCUACCGGGUUCAGACCUCCCACGAGAUGCUGGUGGAAUCCACCAAGAAGAGAGAGCAGUUGGAAGUCUUGGUCCGCUCCAAGCUGGAGGCGGAGGCCAAGAGGUUGAAAGAGCAACUCAAGGACACGCAGGCCAAUUGGGACAGAGCGCGGAGCCAGGUCUUCCAGUAUGAGAAGAGCAUGAGCAACGAGAGCGAACUCAGACAAGAGAUCAACGCCAAGGAUGCCAUGAUGCAAAAACUGGUCAACGAAAAUCAAGAGUUAAUGAUGAGCAACCAACGCAUGGAGACUGAGAUGUCGGCGCAGAGGGCGACGUUAUCCGAACAGCGGCAGCACAUUGAUGUCCUAGACACAGCACUGUCCAAUGCCCAGGCCAACGUGGUAAAGCUACAAGAAGAGUGUCGGAAGCGGCAAGCCUACGUGGACAAAGUGUCCACUCUUCAGAAGAUGGUCUCGGCGCUGAAAUCGACGUACCACAAACGAGAACAGAUUGAGCAGAAGUUGAGACACAAACUGGAGAAGGAGAUUGAGAAACUCAAAGGGAUGCAGAGCAAUAACCCCAACCAAGAUGAAGGCGUAUCCGAGCUGGACCUAGAGAGCAGCAACCACACCCUGCUGGAACUCCUCAAGGAGAGAGAAGAAGCUAUCUUGAGACUGGAGUCGGAUGUCACCAAGUGGGAGCAGCGGUUUCUUGAGGAGUGUACGUUAAGACAGUGUAGUGUGGAGUCAGCAACCAUGAUUCAAGAUGUUUUUGGUUGCAGCGAGUCUAGUCUUGUCAACCAGGAGGCGGAGAAGAUGCGAGCCGAGGUCCAGGCAGAGCGAGUCAGGCACAUGGAUGAGAUGCAGCAUGUGCACAGCCAGUUCACUGAUAUGGAGUCUAGAAUUAAUGCAUUGACGAUGGACCUUUCCCAUAAGGACACUAUCAUCCAAGCCUUACGCCGACAGAUCCUGGAUCAGGACCCAAGCAGCACUUCCCUGGAACGUCUGGCCCGUCCGCUGUCGGCGUCCUCCCCUUCCCCUCAUGGCUCCGCCCACAAUGUGGCACAAGUUCCCCGGAUGGGCUCGGCCGAGUCCUUGCACAACAAUCGCUCGCCUGGCAGCUCGGGAUCGUUACACACUCUUGGAGGUUCCACAACCAACAGAUCGCCGCUGAGCUCGCUGCAGAAUCUCGCGCUGCGUUCGCCGGCCGGCUCGUACCAGAGCCUGGCCCCUGCGGGCAAGCCUCUCGGCCGAGGUCAGGGGUCACAGGAAAGGCUGCUGGGGUUGAACGACUCGUUCACGUCGCUCAGCACCUCGGGGUUGUCCAUCGCCGGAACAGAUGGUAGUGAGUCAGACUUAGCCACCUUAGCCAAAGAGAGAACAGUAUUGGAUGAGAAACUCAAGCAGCUGGAUAUUGAAAUAGCUCAACAGGAUCAGAUCUUAGAUUCAUUAUGGAAGUAGUGGAAGGCCAACCCAAUAGUCGCCAUGAGUGGGAGCCCUGUCCAUCAGCCACCAACAAGGAUCCUACAACUAUGCCUUAAACAGCGCCCCCUGUUGAAACACAUGUGCGUAGUCACCCUACAGCUGUUUUUAAGUAGCCAGGUUCCCUGCCUUGUACCAACAUCACCACAAGGUGGGUUGCUGUGGUUUUGGCACCAGUCUCAUCACCUCAGAAAUGUUGCCUUUUUAAAUUUUUUUGGGGGGUGCCUGAGGGAAAAUACAGUAAAUGUUUGAACUUUUUAGUUUCAACUUGACACUAAAUAGUCUUGGCAUGAGGAAAGGGCUUUCGGAGAAUGUGUCGUCAGGCCAUCGUUAUUUGGGAUGUAUUCGGAAUGUUGCCCUGCACAUUCCAUUCAGUCGUCGAGGUCCGUGCAUUUCAUGUGAUCAAUGAAGCACAUGGGGGGGGGGGGGGUGAGGUUAGAGGAAUGAUCAGGCAGCUGCUCAUGAAUAAUGCAUGACACAUGAAUGAAAUCCGGUUGGUUAGUAAAAACGUCAUUCACGCGCGCCCACCAUUGAUUACUAGCGCCUAUUGGCUACAAACGCUCAAGCUGCGUUAACUUCCGGUGCCAAUCGUGCAGAAAUUGCUGGAGGUGACGUCACACCAACGAAUCGGAUUUGCCAGAAGUUUCAAUGGGGUAAUGAUUGGUGGACAGACAUUGAAGAUGAUGAAUUAUUCAUGAUGCCAUGUUAAAACUGUUUUUUUUUUUUUUUUUUCAAAGCAUUGUAAACAUCUAUUGUGCAAAGUCUUUUUGCCAUGAGAUUUAUUGGUAUGUGUGUUUUUGAAGAGCAUUACAGAGUUGCCGUUCUGUUUCUAUUUGUGGGUCGUGUUAAAGUACUUUUCUCGAAGAAGCUGCCGGCAGCAAAA